AUAAUACAGAAUCUCGUUUUCUGUCUAUUUUCUCUUCUUCUCUUUUCUCUACAUCUUCUAUCCUUUACUUUGGAAUUGCUUGUUCAAGGGGAUAUUACAAGACGUUAUCAGCACGAGUCUCUAGCCAAUUGAGUGAACACGGAGAUAGACCAUAAGAAAAAAUCGUGUUUUUCUUACAAGUUUAAAUAUGUCUGAUAUCAACAAAAGAAAAUUCACCGAGCUUGCUCUUGAUGGUGGUAACUAUUUGACUUGGGCUUUGGAUGUUGAAAUAUACCUCGCCUCAUGUGAUCUGAGUGACGCUAUAGUUCCAAAUUCUUCAUGUAGCUCCGCCCAGAAGGCGAAAGUUUUGAUUUUCUUGCGUCAUCAUCUGAAUAAGGACUUAAAAAAUGAGUACCUUACUGAAAAGGACCCUGUUGUCCUAUGGCAAUCCCUGAAGGAUCACUUUGAUCAACAAAAUGCCAUUAUUCUCCCUCAGGCACAAUAUGAUUGGCUGAAUUUACGCUUUCAGGAUUUCAAGUCCGUGAUUGAGUACAAUUCUACCUUACACCGUAUUGUGUCACAGCUGAAACUCUGUAAGCAAGAAGUUACAGAGAUUGAUUUGAUAGAGAAGACUCUAUCUACUUUUCAUGCCAGUAACCUUGUACUCCAGCAGCAGUACAGGGCCAAGAAUUAUACUAGGCAUUCUGAACUCAUUUCUGCUUUACUUGUAGCAGAGAAACAUAAUCAGCUUUUGAUGAGAAACCACAAUGCAAGACCAGUUGGUUCACAAGCAGUGCCUGAAGCACAUGCUACCACUUAUAGAGGUGGUCGAGGGAGAGGCCGAGGAAAAGCAAUAUCUAUAUGAAAAAGUAAUUUCAUUUGUUGGACUAUUCAGACAUUUUAGGAUUUUAUUUAUGGUUCACGUUUUAUUUGCAAACUGUUAGUAAUUUAGUUUGUUUUUGUGUGUUUGCAAUACUUAAAAUUCUAUUA